GAGUAUGGAUAUUGGAGAGAAGACUUAUAAUUGUUAUGAUUAUGGUAAAGUUGUUAACCAGUCUUCAAAACUUAUUCAACAGCAGAUAAUUCAGAGUAAGCGGAAACAUCACAAGUGUAAUACAUGUGGAAAAGUCUUUAGUAACUCACCAAAUCGAAGUAGAGAUAGGAAAGUUCAUACAGGAAGGAAACAAUUCAAAUGUACAGCAUGUGGCCAAACCUUUAAUCAGAGUUCAUAUUUAACUGAACAUCUGGGAAUCCAUGCUGGGGAGAAACCAUACAAAUGUACAGAAUGUGACAAAGCUUUUAAGGAGAUUUCAACUUUAACUCAACAUCAGCGAAUCCAUACUGGGGAGAGACCUUAUAAAUGUACAGCAUGUGGCAAGGCUUUUAAGCAAAGUUCAACUUUAACUGAACAUCAGCGAAUCCAUACUGGGGAGAGACCUUAUAAAUGUGCAUCGUGUGGCAAGGCUUUUAAGCAAAGUUCAGCUUUAACUAAACAUCAGCGAAUCCAUACUGGGGAGAGACCUUAUAAAUGUACAGCAUGUGGCAAGGCUUUUAAGCGGAGUUCGACUUUAACUCAACAUCAGCGAAUCCAUACUGGGGAGAGACUAUAUAAAUGUACAGCAUGUGGCAAGGCUUUUAAGCGGAGUUCAACUUUAACUCAACAUCAGCGAAUCCAUACUGGGGAGAGACCUUAUAAAUGUACAGCAUGUGGCAAAGCCUUUCUCCUUUAUUCACUUCUUACUCGACAUCAACGAAUCCAUACUGGGGAGACACCUUAUAAAUGUACAGAAUGUGGCAAAGCUUUUAACCGUUAUUAUUUUCUUACUCGACAUCAGCGAAUACAUACUGGGGAGAGACCUUAUGAAUGUACAGCAUGCGGCAAGGCUUUUAAGCAGAGUUCAGAUUUAACUCAACAUCAGCGAAUCCAUACGGGAGAAAAACCUUAUAAAUGUACAGAAUGUGGCAAAGCCUUUAUCCGUUAUUAUUUUCUUACUCGACAUCUACGAAUCCAUACUGGGGAGAGACCUUAUAAAUGUACAGCAUGUGGCAAGGCUUUUAAGGAGAUUUCAACUUUAACUGAACAUCAGCGAAUCCAUACUGGGGAGAGGCCUUAUAAAUGUACAGCAUGUGGCAAGGCUUUUAAGCAAAGUUCAGCUUUAACUAAACAUCAAGAGUUCAUGCUGCAGAGAAAUUUUAGAAAUGUAAGGAAUGUGGCAAAGGAUUUCCUCACAGCCUUCACCUCACUCACAAUCAGAGAAUUCAUACUGCAGAGAAACCCUAGAAAUGAAUCAGUGACAAAAACAUUGGUCCUAAAUAUACAAUGUUGA